UUUUAUCCCAUCUGUGCGACUCGUUUUGUCUCCGCAGGAUAACUCGUUGUUCUUUGGUGCUUUUCCCGAAUUUCCUCCAAAUAGAAAAUGCAAGCCAUCCGCCCAUUGUCCAGCGUGGCUGUCCGCAACGCGGCCUUCUUCGCCCGCGGCUACCAUGGCCCGAGCAACUUCCGUGUGUUCACCAUGAACGACUUGCCCGUGCCGGAGGGUGACUUCUUCGAGGAACACCGCCGCAAGAACCGCACCUACAACGCCGUGCUUGCAACUGGAAUCGUUGUCUUCGGCAUCGUCGUGACGAUCGCCAAGGAAUCCGGACUGAUCUACUUCAACUUCAACCCCCCAAAGAGCUUUGACUAAGCUCUGGUUAGGGACGUAUUGGAGUGAUAGAUUUGCCAGCAGCAAGCAAGUAUAAUUCAACAUGUAUGUGUAAAAUAAAUUAAAUCUAAAAGAA